AUGGCACGUCCCGGGCUCUUCGUCCUUCUUCUUCUCGUCCUGGGAGCCUCCGGGCACGGCCAGAGAAACUUCACGGAGUGGGCGCGGACGAUGAACAAGGAGCUGAGGCAGCUGAACCGAGAGGCGGCGUUGAGGACCUGGGCCGGCCUCGUGGGAGAGGAGUACCCGACCAGCUACAGCCUCGACGAGGUCAGGAUCGAGUGGCGGUGGCAGAGGUGCAUGGACGCCAUCGGCUUCUUCGGGGCGCCUCCGGUAGUCCGCCGGGCCGCCUACCUCCUCUGCAGGGGCCCCUUCCUAGCUCCUGUCGAGAGCAGGAUGCUGACUUCGCUGCUGGGCCUCCUCAGCAACAUGUACAAGGAGGUCAAGUUGUGCAGAGCGAGCAACUGCUUCCGGAUAGAGCCGGACAUGGAGACCCUCAUGAAGACCUCGAGGGACCCAGACUUCCUGCUCUUCCUGUGGCAGGGCUGGAGAGACGCCAUCGGGCCCCCCUCCCGUCACAUUUAUGAGUCUUUGAUCAAGAUACAGAAUGACAUUGCUAUCAAGAGUAAUUACAGGGACAUGGGGGAGUGCUGGCGAGAGGAGCUGGAAGUGCCCUGGCUGGAGGAGACGGUACAGCGACUGAUGGAGGAAGUGGCGCCGCUGCAUCGGCUGCUGCACGGCUACGUCAGGUGGCGCCUCAGGUCGCACUACGGCUAUCAGCUGGUGUCAGAGGGGGGCCCCGUACCGGCCCAUCUCAUGGGAAACAUGUGGGCUCAGAGCUGGGAGAGUAUAAUCGACAUUGUCCUCAACACGACCAGCUUCAACCUACACCAGAGACUCAAGAACAAGUACCAGAACGUCACCGCGAUGGUGAAGGAGGCAGAGAGGUUUUACAUCUCCCUCGGCCUCAAACCCAUGACCAGCAAGUUCUGGAAGAACUCCAUCAUCAGCAACGAAAACGAAAAAGUUAUGUGUCACGGAACGGCUGCCAACAUGUACGAGAAAGAUGAUUAUAGAAUGCUUGUAUGUGCAAAUAUAACCUGGGAUGAUUUUUAUGUCAUACACCAUGAGAUGGGCCACAUACAAUAUUUCAUGGCUUACGAAAAUUUGCCACCGAUAUUUCAGGACGGUGCGAAUUCAGCUUUCCAAGAGACAAUCGGGGAUACGAUCAUGCUGGCUGUGGAAACACCCUCUCACCUCAAAAGGCUCGGAAUAUUUAAUGAAUUGGAUGAAGAAUUUGAAUUUCCUUUGUUGAUGUACCAGGCAUUGAAAAAGAUACCACAAAUCCCUUUUGGCCUGGUGGUAGACAAAUGGAGGUGGGGAGUUAUGGCAUCAAACAUAACAUCAGCAGACUACAACACAGCAUGGUGGGAAUACAGGCAAGCCUAUGAGGGCAUAAAACCUCCUUUCCCGAGAGGACCUUACAGCUUCGACCCAAUAGCCAAGUUCCACGUCGCUGAUAACACACCGUACAUAAGGUAUUUCUUGAGCUCUUUCCUUCAAUUUCAAUUUCUUGAUAUACUUUGCAAAUCAAAAUAUAACGAAAUUGGAUCUGAAAAGACACCAUUACAUUUGUGCGAUCUUUACGGCUACAAAGAAGGAGGAAACAAAUUACGGAAAAUGAUGGCUCAAGGAAAUAUCAAAACGUGGUACGAACUUCUGGCUGAAUUUUCUGACGGAAGAUACAAGAAACUAUCUGCAAGGCCGAUACUUUCUUACUUCUCUUCCCUUACAAACUGGCUCAAACGGCAGGUUGCAAAACACAACAUUCCAAUUGGAUGGUAACAGUUUUACUUCCUGAAAAUGGUCAAACAAUUACUGUCAUUGAAAAGUUCUAAAACAAAAAAAAUAUUAAAAUUUUUUGAAAACUAUUUUUAUUUUUAUUUUGAAAACCUUCUCAAUUAAGAUACAUAAAUGAAACAACGAUGUAAAAAUAAAUUAUUACAACCUGAAAUACGACAUAAUUGAGGCUUGUUCCUUUCCUUUAUUUUCACUAAGAGGAAGCAAAAAAUCAAAUUCUUUCCUGCUGACAAUGGCUGCUUGGACGUCUGUAAUACUGAUUUCAGGAGGAGGGCUA